UUAAGCUAGUACAUGCAGAAUUGGGGUUCUCCCAAAUAAACUCAAAAGAGUAAGAAAGGCUUAAUUUAGAAAAGAAAAUAGCACUUCAAUGUGGGAUUGCAGCAAGUUCUUGAAGAAGCUUUGAUGCAGAUGCAGCGAUGGAAUCUGAUGAUGGAGAGUCUUUCUCAAAUACAUAGCGAUUGAGCAUUCCAGAUGUAGCAGCAUACAAUAGCCGCAAGAUGGAGGAGUUGAGCACCAUUAACCCUUAACCGGAAAAACAAUUUGAGCGCUGGCACAUAGGAUGGAUAGAGGUUAUACGAUGGUGGAGGGCUUGCAUUACUGAGAUUGAGCCAUGAAGGGAUCUCCAUAAGAAAAAUUGAAUUUUUGGGGGAAGACCCAUCUUCCAUAGGUCACGCCAUAAUUCCUUGUUUCUCAUUAUUUCAGGGCAUAAGUCUAUGGGUAAAUGAUGGAAAAGGUAGCAUCAAAUCACGGACCUGAAAUAGAGGCUGAGUUGGUACAGAAUUAGCUUCAGAAGGGAGAACAUAGUAUGGAUAUGGAGGAGAAACCCAAGGAUCUCCAAAAAUUUUGAUGUUAUCACUGGUUCCAACUUUCCGGUGAAGACCCUUCUGUAUCACUUUUCGACCCUCAAGAACACUCUGCCACCCCAAGAAGCCUCAGCGAUGCAUCAGGAGCAUGCGGCGGCAGCAGGGCAUGGUCCUCGAUGACAGAUACGUUCCGUACCUGCAGAUGGCUGGUCUUUACCAUCUUGCAAGGCUGAACGAUAGAUGGUUCCGGUUGGACGAGGCCCUUGUCAGUGCGUUUGUCGAGCGAUGGCGUCCGGAGCCGCACACGUUUCAUAUGCCGUUCGGAGAGUGCACGAUCACACUCCAGGACGUGGCAUACCAGCUGGGUUUGCCAGUGGACGGGCGUUACGUCAGCGGCUGCCUAUCAGAGUUCCAUAUAUACAUCGAGGGUGGCCGUUCAGCCUGGGUUUGGUUCGAGGAGUUGCUUGGAGUGGUACCUCCUCCUAGCCAGGUUCAGAAGUACGCGGUCAACUGCAGCUGGUUUCAGGAGACAUUUGGUGAGUGCCCGGAGGGAGCUGAUGAGGAUACUGUGCGUCGAUAUGCCCGUGCGUACAUCAUGAUGUUGUUGGGCACGCAACUUUUUGCAAACAAGUCCGGCAACCGCAUUCACAUCAGAUGGCUUCCGUUUGUAGCUAGGCUGGAGGAGAUGGGGACCUACAGUUGGGGUUCUGCAGCACUUGCAUGGUUGUACCGGUGCAUGUGCCGAGUGGCGAACAGAAAUGUUAUCAAGAUAGCGGGCCCACUUCAGCUACUUCAGUCAUGGAUUUUCUGGCGAUUUCCUCGGUUUAGGCCUGCAGGAUUUGAGACGUUCAGCUGGCCAUUGGCCUCGAGGUGGUCAGGUUACAUCCCUUCCAGUAGCGAGAAGGGUCCUAGAGUUCAGAUGUGGAGGCUAUGGAUAGACCGGUUGCAGGAUAGAGAGUUUAUCUGGAUGCCGUAUAGCAGCCCCGAUGUACUUCAGGUCGUGCAUCCAGAGGUUUUGGAGCCUCGGCAUAUGGUGCUGUGGCGGUCUGUUACAUCGCUUAUCUACUUUGCCGUCAUAGAGUGGCAUCAGAUAGAUAGGGUUCUUCCGCAGUUUGGAGGGGUGCAGCCCCGUUCACAGGCCGCCCUGAACAUCGACUUUCUGAUGUCGAAGGACGGCAGAGGCGGCGAUCGAUGGUUCCCGUCCCAUUUGGAGAAGUGGCAUCUGUAUUGGGACUCCCGUACGGAGAGCGUGCUGAGGUUCGAUGUUGUUGCUGACCCUGGUCCGUCGCAUGAGUUCUUGGAGUGGUGGAGUCAGCACGGGAAGAGGUUUUUGUCUCCGGAUCCGCAGUUGGGCGAUCCGAGAGCUGUUGCUAUUCCUGUUGAGGCCUCACAGCGGGGAGCUGGGCGAGUUCCUGAGAUGAAUCGACCUGACGACGUGCCGGAUAGGCGGCGGGUUGAUAGGAGAGCUCGCGUGGGCAGACGGCGUAGCCAGCGUGACUGGGGGUGGCUUGAGUGUGCUAUGGAGGAUGAUGACGAGGCCGGCCCCGCUGGGGGUCGACGACGACGCCAUCCUGGCAGAGGUAGAGGGCGUGCUGCGGUUCAUGCCGCUGCACCUGACCUUGAGGACGAUGACGAUGAUCAGCAUGGGCCCGAGGGCGGGGAUGGUGCAGGGGUGGCUGCAGUUGUUGGUGUUAGUACCCAUGAUGGGGUGCACGGAGGUGAGUGGUAUGGCUCAGGGAUGGGUGACGGGGCUGAGCCUAGUGACGCUGGACUUGGGUCGGGUCCUUUUGGACAUUACUUUGUUGGAGUACCCACCGACGACCAGCCUCAGCAGGACGGUACUCCAUGGGUUAUUCCCGGAUCACAGUGGCAGGACUUCCUUGGGGCAGAUACGCUUGAUGCGGACUUCGGCAGUCCAUGGUUUCUAGAGGAGAUUACGGCUAUCAUGCAAGAGGACGAGCCGGGCAGGAGGCGUCCUCAGACCCCUGGCACGCAGGCACCCUUAGAUGUUGAUCUGAACGAGUCUGCUACGACACCUGUUGGUGACCAGUUUGGUUUGGGAGGUACCCCACAUUCCGCUUACACCGCUGCAUCACAAUCUGUCGCCGGGCCGUCUGCCGCACUUGUCCAUUUUACGCCACCCGCACAGCCUGCCCCGCAUGAGGACGCAGAUGAGAUAGAGGAUGAGGAGCCGUUUAUCCGCAGAGGUCAGAGGCCACGGGUACCCCGUCGUUGUGGGACAGGCUCCCACUUGUUUAGAUGAUUUACUUUUCAUGUAUUUUGGACGUUAGGGUUCACUCAUGUACCUGACCCAUGUGGAUUACUGUUGUUACUUUAGAGCUGUUUUUCCUUGUUGUUUCUUCAUCUUAUUGUACUUAAAAAUCUGGUAUUUACCUAGUGGAUUACUGAAUAUGUAUUAUCAUUGAAUCAUAUAACACUUUAGUUAUCAACUUUUGCAUUCAUGGGAUUUCUAGCUAUAUUCAAAUUCAGAUGCAACUUUUUCAUUACUAGAAGGUAAAAAGAUCAACAGAUUACAUAAGUCCUCUAACAUAACAUGUAACAGGAAAAAAAAUCAAUAAACACUAACAAUAACA